GGGUGUAGUAUCGCUGGGGGCCCUGUGAGUUGAUUAAUUAAAAGAUGUUCAAUUUGAUGAACAAUUAAAUCUCAGAACGUGAAGUCUACACCUUACUUUACCAAUCAUUGAUUGCUUGGUGAUAAUUAGGAGCAACGGUUGUUUGAGAUAAUGCAUUAGGCAUAUAUACAGAAUACACUUAGUAUAAGCCUGUUCAGAAAUUAGCACCGUUAAUUUUGACCCCCAAAUAAAUGUUAAUGACAUGUUGAAACCAUUCGACUAAGACAUCGCUAAGUUGAGUUUUCAACUAAAUGUUAUUUGCAACACAUAGUGUGUGUAUUAUGUAGGCCUACUCAAAGAUAUGCUGUAGUCUUAAACACUAUGCUAGAAAAGUAAAAGAUUGGAUCAACUGGAAGAAUGGAGUCAGAGCUAAACAUGAACAGCUCUACAGCUCUUCCCACUCAGUCCGAAGGUUUAGCUCACAUCGAUUACCGUUUUAUGGAGAUAACUAUCAUCAUCAACCAUACGAUUAGCGGGGUUAUCUCGUUUUUCGGGAUAGUCGGCAACGUCAUCAACAUUAUCAUCUUCUACAGACAAGGCUUUAAAGAUACGGUGAAUAUAUCACUACUCGGUUUGGCAGUGUCGGAUCUACUUUCUUUAAUUACUUCCUUGUGGGUGGCCAUAUGCUGGAACCCGCUUAUGUACUACGCCGACCUGCCCUUCGUCCAGGAAGACGUUGAAUAUAUGACCGGAAGCCUGCCCCAUCUUCUCUGCACGCGAAUCACUGCCUGGAUCACGGCCUUCGUGGCUCUGGAGCGCUGCCUCUGCAUCGUAAUUCCUCUUCACGUGAGAACGAUUAUCACGCAAUUUCGUACUGCGGUCUACAUAGUCUCUACCUUCAUCAUCGUGGCCGUCGCCCAGGCGGGGUCUUUCUACUCCAGCAGCCUUCAGUGGGUGUUCAACAGCGCCAGGAACAGAACGGUGAUGAGCCGGGUCGUGAGAGAAGGCAGCCAGGAGAUCGAGAGCAUUACCUACUCGUUAAAUCUCGUCUCCCCUUUCGGGUCUUUCGUCAUCGUGGUACUCUGCACUGCCAUCACCGCCAUCCAGCUCAGGCGGAAGUCCGAAUGGAGGAUGAAAACGACGAUGGCGAAAUCCAAGCGAAACGAAAACGAGGCGGACGUUAUGGCCAAGGAGAAAAAGGUCAUAAAACUUGUGGUCAUGAUCUCGGUCAUCUUCAUCGUCAGCUUCCUGCCGGCCAACGUCAUCCACAUCAUCUACUGCAGCAUCUCAUCCCAGCUGCAACUAGUUCUUCUGUACAUACCAUACCUGAGCAUUUCCUUCUCUUUCAUUAAAGUUCUGGAAGCUUUCAACGCCAGCAUCAGCAUCGUCCUGUAUUACGUCAUGAGCUCAAAGUUUAGAAACAACUUCCACGAAAUGUUAGGCAUCAAGUCAACAUCUAUUAAUGGCAAAUAAGCCCUUUUACACAAUUAAAAUUAUCUGAAGCCCAGGCAAUGAAUAGAUAUGGUCUCGUGUAUCUCAGGAAGGAUGCAAAUG